CCGGGGAUUCUCGUGUUAGACGCCGUGACGCUUUAUUGUUUUCUCAUUAGCCACUUGAUCGCUGAGCAUUGACUUAAUUUUUCUAAAAUCUAUAAUUUUUAUUUCCAUUUUUAUUUUUUCAGGCUUUGUUGUAAUCUGAUUUCUGAAGGUUAUGCAGAAACAAGCGUAUAUUUGCUGUCAAUAUAUUUACGCACAUCGACAGAUCCGAAUAGCAGCUUAUCUGUGUCGCAGCAGCAUCAAUGAUACUGACCCAGGUCAUUGUUUAAUGAGAUCAAUAAAAGUACUGAGUCACGGCGCGACAUGUCACGAGAAUUCCAGCCGGAAUGGAAAGGUGCUAUUUUACGAAGGUUCGUUUUAAUGUUAUGUAUCUAAUAUAUAGUUCGCUCUCGCUGCACGAAUCGCCAAAAUACGAGUAUAAUCGUUAAGUAUUUAUUAACGUAAAAACAUCGUUAUUGUUGUUUGAGUUACCGUUUUUCAUAAAUAUUGUGCGAAAAUGAAGCACUAUUAUAAUAACGAAAUAUUGCAUAAUGGCAGAUGGAACGUAUCGUAUCGCGUGAGAUUAGGUCGUUCAACGUGUUUCGUUUUGCGGACAAUGACGCAUCCAAACAUCUCUAUGUGUCCGUUACACUUUUAAAUAUUUAAUUUACAGAUCCAUAGCUCGAAGAACUCGUACAUUUCAAGUUAUAUUAAAAAAAAAAAAACUUAUCCGCUCUCAACACGUAUAACAAAUUAUUUUCAAAAAAAUACAUCAACUGUAGUCGUCAUUGUUUUGCAGAAAAGAAUGAUGCUCGUUGAACGCGAUCUUUUCGCGAUCGAUACAAGCAUUUAUUAGUGUACCUUUCUCUUUAGAAUUCGAGACCGUCCCCGACGAUCGAUCGCACGUCGAUCGAUCGCUUGCUUGUGCGAGGGGGAGAGAACGAACAAAAACUUAUUGCAACGGGAAUAUGUGUCAAUUUUUAAUGUAUCAUACAAAUACGUUGUAGUCCAUUUAUAAUGCGUGGCGAAUGAAACGGCACGAAACGCUUCGUGCACUAUGACACGCCGCGAUGGUCCGUCGUCUCGUCUCGAGAAUGAUUAUACUACUACGCUACAAACUACAAAGUAUACGAUGAUGCGAAAUCGAAGCUGCACGGCACUUCACUCCAGCACAUUUCAAUUCUUUACACUUCAGCACACUGCAUCUGAUUUGAUCGCCGAGCGAAUUAAGUGAAUCGUUUUCCAAAUUUUCGAACGUCGAGUCUAUCAUUGUCAUCGUUGCUACAUUUAGUAAAAAUCAUCGAAUUUUCCAAAUACUAUUUAUUAGUCUUGCCAUUGUCGAUAUUAUUUUUGUAAGAAAUAUUGCGAGCAACAUGGAUCGUUCCGUGCCAAGUAGCAUAAACUUUGGAGUAAGCCGUAAUCACGAGGAAAUGUGAUUUAGAUUUUAAUUAAUAUUAUAUUACAUAAUUAUAUAUAUAUUAAAUAUUAAAUUAUAUCUUAUCUUUUAGGUAUACGGAUGACCACUAUAGUAGUCAGGAUAAUUACGAUUGCGCGCGCGGAAGUUGGUAAAAACAUUUAUUGCAGAUUAUAUGUAUAAUGAUGUAAAUUCGUUCGAUUCGAAAGCCGGAGGGGAUUUGACAUGUGUGUGCAUAGCUCACUCGACUAUGCCAACCGAAUUGUCAGUUGUAUAUAUAUAUUCCACUUUCUUGCUUUAGUGAUGCAGCGGAUUUCAAUGCGGGAUUUUUUGUAAUUUUACACACAACGCGCUACUCUUUUUCAUUUCCUCGGCGCGUGUGUUUACUUGUUAUUUCGACGAUAUGCCGAGCGCAUCUUAGCAUAUUUAGAAUAUUUAUAUCGCGAAAUGGUUCAUCGUUGUGCGCCGCGACGCGUCGCACGGUUUACACGCCCAUGACAAAACAAGUUACUCGUUAAUUACACGUCCGCAAUUAGCGUGACUGGCUCCGUCCGCCGUUAGCUUUUACUUCGACCGUCUCUUACUUAUUUCUUUUCUCUUUUUCAAUUCAAUCACAAAAUCGCACAGCUCGAACCGAGCGUUUCAUUCGUUCUUCGAAAAUGUUACAAGGCAGCGCGACAUCUCGCGCGGCCGACAACGUUUUCUGGCGCUUCUCCUAAUUCACGAGAACGUAAGUUUACCCGGUGAGUGUGUGCGCGUACACGAAGACGCCUCAUUUUACAGUAUCGUCCGAGCGAUCAGUCUCAGGUGCGACCGAGAUUUAUUCGCAUUAUUGUAUUACGAGCUCAUAACUGAUAAGCAACGGCACCGUGCCAAAACAUUACGAACAAAAAGAAAAUAAAUGCGUGCCAAAACUGACCCUGACUAUAAAGGGACGAAUGAUGUUCUAUGGGAGAAAGAUACGCGAAGGGAGAAAGCUGCUUCGGACGCGCAACGCGCGACCAAAGAUUUCUUUGUCGUUUUCGGAAAAUCGCGCCACUCAAUUCACCAUAUUCUGGGCUGAAUUUUUUUACCUGUGUUUAAUCAAAUUGGCCUACGAAGGAGGAAAAGGGAAAGUGCCUUAGGCACAAGACAUUUUUAUCGCAAAAUGUAAGACAAAGACGUAUAAGACUUUGAUUGUACAAUUUUACGGUUGUAUUAUGGUUUAUCAAAAUUCCUUAUUUUUUUAUUUUUUCAGGAAACUUUUCCGUUUCUCUUCAUUUUCUUUUCUCGACAGGUCCAAAAAAAUUCGGCGAUAAUCGCGAGACGGUGGUGAGAAUCCGCAAACGAAGGAGUGUGAACUUGAUCGUCCGCUUCCGCGUCCGUCGCAAGCGCAAACUAGUUGUUACAAUCUUUUAACUGUUGAAUUUUUGCUGUAGCAAUUUAAAUCUAAUCGCUCCGGACGGACGUGUCUACGACGAACGUCGUCGUCAAUCGUGCUCUCUUAAGUGAAUCGGGACGCUCGUAGUUGGAAUCCGCGAAGCAAAGCCAUUUAGUUAUUUACGUCAUUGCAAGAUCUUAUCCGCAGUAUCAAGAAUAUCAAGAAUGGAGAGGGUUAAGUGUUUCAAUACGGAUGUAUUAACCUUUCGAUAGGAGGAUGUGAAUACUUAGAACUGACGGCGUUUAUUGAAGGUUGAGCUUUGAUUGAGAUGGUUUGCAAUCUUCCGAUGAUGGAUCCCUAAUUCGCAUUCGCCUUGAUAUCUACAAUUUAUUAUUAAAGAUUGAGAUUAUAAAUAGCCAGUUGCAGCGGCAGCCGCGGCAAUUGGUGCGGCGAUGGCGUUGGCCUGCCCCUCUCCUCGGAUCUUUUUCCACCACCGGGUGGCACAGCGACGGCGAUGGUUGUGUAGGCGACGAGAGCGCAGUGCCGCGUUAGUGCAGAGACACGAGUGUGCGCCGUCGUGCCGAAAACUAUACGGUCGUUGGGGCUCUUUUACAAUCUUAUCGCUCUACACGUCGUCGCUUUUAUCUUCGCAUAACGACAUAAGUGUCGCCGAACUUUGCGCGAAAACCGGCGCGAGGUGCGACUGUACGCAUUGCGGAGCAUCCCGGCAAAAAAUGUGCUCCGAAACGUCGUGUUCAACGCGGAGAAAGGUGGAUAUCCGCGCUGGCAAACUGUGAAACCUGGGGUCCGGCUCGCCUGUUGUGUGCGCGCUCUCGUGUAUCAACGUGUGCGCGCGCUCGCUCUCGCGCGCGCGUCUUUCUCCGCUCGCUGCCGCGCACGAAGUGUCUCUUUAACUCAUUAACGCACUCGGCCAGCUCGUACCGAGCUCUCGUUUCGAUUCUCCCGACGUGCCCGGCUUUUUGUUUACACGCACAUACGAUUGGUACAUACAUUAGACAAUUUUAAACUUUCGAAUUUAUAAAAAAGUAAUAACUGGCAUUGAAAUGACCGAGUUUUUCAAGGAUUCCGCGUUCGUACUGUUUUAUGGAAAUAAUACGAGUUAAUGCCACUGUGACUUCCAUGAUGAUUCAUUCGCGCGAGUCGACACGAAUAAGCAUGGACAUAAAAUUUUUCAGAUAACGCGAGUCAUCAUAAUACAUGCGAUCGAGUACACCAACGAUAAUGAGUCACGUGCGUUGAUGAGGAGAAGUUGUACGACGGGCCGACACAGUGGACGGAAUGUUGAUUAAUGAUCGAGAAACAGCCGUUGACCCGCAUAGUUCAAGCUCAGUAGGGACUCUGAGCUCGAAGAAAUAAAAUGCUGUGAUCUCAAUGGACUUGCUGCGUGGAAACGGGAGCAGUGGUCCGAGAAGAGGAACCAGAACCAUCGUAGAAAGGGACAGUCGUACCGUGACAAUGGCAACGACCAGGAUCAACGGGCCAAUGGCGAGGAACGCGUAGAAUUCCGAAGCGGAAACUCGUGAAAAGAAUAAGCUUUCGCGAUGGAGGUGAAGCCGAUACCGAAACCGCGCUCCGUCCUGACGGAGAGCAAGCCGAUACCGGCACCGCGAAGAAUCCUGCCGCCGGCUCGUUCCGGCAGUCCGACCAGCGAGUCGAGCCAGUCGGAGAAGAGCGACGACGUGAAGUCGAUCAGCAGCGGCACGAACGAGAGCACGCGCGGCAACAACGAGUUCUUCCGCAACCUCAGCACGAGUUCGCGCCAGCUGAAGGACGAGAUCUCGGAGAAGAUGACGGUGAAGGGGCGCGCCGUGUUCUCCAGCACGCGAAACGCGAGCAUCCGACUGGAGCGGUCGGUGAAGAACCUGCUGACGCGACGGCUGUCGUCGCUGAACCAGGACGACGCGGUCAGCCAGAGCGGCACGCCGAAGAAGCUCAAGGAUCCGGCCGAGGAGGACAGAUGCGUGUCGAUGCCGGCCGACGACAUCUUCAACAGCAUCUCGUUCUACAGCCCCCUCAGCGGCAAUCUGCGCAGCGUGAGGAACGAGGAGGAUCUGUCGGCCGGCAGGCACAGCCCGCCGCCGCCGGUUUAUCCGCCACCUCCUCUUCCGGAUGAGUCGAUCUAUGACGAGCUGCAGUCCGUCACGUCGGGAAGCAGCGGUCGAUACGACACACUCAGUUCCACGGUGUCCGACAAAGUCGAACGGGAUUUUCCCGGAUCGUUCCAGCUCGGCUUCGCGCGAAAUCAGGGCAGCGAUUCCGAUCAGAGUUUGAACCUGUCCGACAUCAAUGUGACGCUCGACAAGUCUGACACUUCCGCCAAGAGGCUGUCGAGAUCGGACUCUUGGACUUUCUACGACACCACGCCCGGCACGAGAGCCGAGAAUGUCGACGAGGUGGACAGGAUAUCCAGCGUAGAAGAGGAGAACUUGGAGAAGUCCUUCGAGAGGGAGGUGUCGAUAAUAGAUCGAAAUUCCUGCGCGUCCAAUGAGAGCCACGCUUCCGUCCAGAAUUCUCUCUACGAAAAUUUGGCACCGCCGAAGAUUGAUUCGCAGCAGCAGUCGAUUCCCCCGGACGUCAGAAUGCAGAGCAGCAAGUCGCUGCUCUUCGAGUUCGAUCCGUACGCACGGACAUCCGAGGACGAGAACGUGUACAGCAAUUACGAGAACAACGAUUUGAUGCUGCUGGAAGCUCUGCUGGCCACCAACGACUCGCACAGCGCCGACGCCGAGGAGGAGCAGGAGGACAACGACCUGGCGCAUCCUGAUAUCGGCCUGACACCGCCGGAGCCGCCCAGGAGAUACGAUUCCCUUCCCAAGGACGAGUGCGAAACGGAGGAGCAGCCCGACAAGGUUCAGGCCUCGAACAAAAAUCCGCCUCUCUUGCCGAAACUAGCGCAUUUGGUGACCAAGAAGCAGCCGGCGGUUCCUCCUCGCAAACCCGCGAGGAAACUUCCUCCGGGCAGUUCUUCGUCGCAGGCUGCGACGGCGACCACGCCGACGACGACGCUUGCCAAUAACAUCGACGAGAGUACCACUGGUCCUUCGUCGGGCGCGAAAAUCGCCGAAGACCAUCGCAAAGUGAGCGUGAUACAAAAACUGAGGAAGCUGCGACAGGAUUCGACGGUGCACACUAUCAAUUCCAAUGUGAUUAGUUUUGUGAAAAGCGGUAGUAAAUUAUUGUCCAGGACUCGCGAGCACAUCGGCGAGUCCGGCUCGAGGUCACCGCGAAUGGAGAGGCCAAAGGUCAAUGCUCCGCACAACGCGGUCACACAUAAGGGGAUCGUGUACAGGCCUGGAAUGGGUAUGGAGCGGGCCAAGGACCUGGUACCGAGAGUGGCGGUGCUGCUCGAUCGGAAAUUAUCGUUCUACACUGACAACAGCAUGUCAACGCUAAAGGAGGUCGUGGAACUAGAGACAGUGCACAGUAUUCAUUUGCUGCAGGAUGUCAAGACCGUGGAUGGCGAGACGGUGCAUUGCGUGGCGAUUAGCGGCGAGGGCAGACCGAACGUUUUCUACGCGAAGGGUGCUGCCGAGAGGCGCGUCUGGGCACAAAGGAUCCUCGGAGCCAUCACGCCGAUCUUCCCCACGAGGUACACCACCGAGUUCACGAGAGCGAGUUGGGCCUAUUUAAAGGAAAGCAUAACGGGUACGUGGUUCCCAGCUUGGGUUCUUCUCCAACAAAGGAUCUUAGUUUACACUAAAUCCUUGGACUCUGCAUCCGCCGUAAACUUCGAACAUGUGGAUUUACGGAAAGCGCGUUGCAUUGUGUUGCGCGAGCAAGAAGGACCGAUCGCCGAGUGCGGGCUUGUUUCGGUGGUGGCCGUCGACGCCGGGGGUGCCGGCGCCCUGCACAUCGCCACGCCAAAAAAGCACGAGGCGACCGCUUGGAGGCACGCGCUUUAUCAAGCGGCCACCAAUUGCGGCCCCGCCUUGGAGGAGCAGCAGAUUACACAGGACAAUGUGCCCGUCAUCUUGGACAAAUGCAUCAACUUUAUCUACGCGCAUGGCAUGAUGACGGAGGGCAUUUAUCGUCGCAGUGGAUCGAGCAGCGCCGUGGUGAAGCUGCUGGAGGCUUUCAGGAGAGACGCGUGGGCCACGCAGAUCACGCGGAAUUCGUACACGGAACAUGACGUUGCUACGGUUCUCAGAAGAUUCCUGCGGGAUUUGCCGAAUCCAUUGUUUCCCGCCAACAUUCACGACAGGCUCUGCCUCACCGCAGAAUUGAGCGAGGAAAACAGGGUGGCCACUUAUCAGAAGUUAUUAUCUACGUUGAAUCCCGUGACGACGGCGACGCUUCGCCGGAUCCUGGCGCACCUUCACGGUCUCAGUCAGCAGAGCGCCAGGAACCUGAUGACCGUGGAGAACCUGUCGGCGGUUUGGGGCCCGACCCUGAUGCACGCCGGCGAGAAUAGCGCCGAGGCAUGGAACCGCGCGGAAACCAAAGUCGUCGGUGAUCUCAUCAGGCUGUACCCGAAACUUUAUCAACUGUCGUCGGCCGAUCUGGCGAAGGAAGCAAAGAUGCUGGAGAUCCUGGAGAAACAUCACGUGUCGAAUAAUGGACCGCGAGGCGCCCCUUCGGGAGAUCUCAAGAUCUGGAUAUACCUUCUGUCGCGAUUCGCAGAAUGCGUGAACGUUACCAUCGGGCCUCAGAAGACCGCGUUCGACGUAUGUCUAGAACUCGCUGAGAAAACCAACUUGCCGCCUCAUGAAUUGUGUCUGGAGGAAUACACGCUCGACGGCGCGCUGGAGCGGCCGUUGCAUCACAACGAACGUGUCCUGGAGACGGUUGCGAGAUGGGGAUACUGGGACCCGGACGACAGGAAAGAUAACGUCCUUAUCCUCAGAAAAGACCGAUUAUACAAGGACAUCAUACCUCUGGUUAAACCGCCUAUGACGAUCUCCGGGGAGCUAAAGUUCGCAGACACCAGGACGAAACAUUUCAAGACGUACCUCUUCGAAUUCAGCCAGGCGAAGCUCUGCUGUUACAAGGACAAGGUGUGCUCCGUGAAGCUACACGAGUGGAAGAUAGAGGAUAUCGUUUGGUACUUGGGACACGAGCCUAAACGUCAUCCACAGAUGGGAUGGGCCAUAACGUUCAUCAUUAAGAACAAGAAACCGACGAGAUGUAAGGACAGUCCGUAUUUCGGAAACAUCUUAGCCGGCACAUCCAAGGAUGAACAAUACAGAUGGUUAGCAGCUAUGCUCUUCGGGGAGUACCAAUUGAAUCUCCGACCUUCUGCGGUGAAUCUUAUGGAUCCAUAACUGUUUAGCAUGUUUUUACAAUUCAUCUAGUGCUUCCAAAGUGAUCGACAGGUGAUACACUUCUUACUGCGUAUCGCGCCAUAUAAACUCUAAACAAAUAUAAAAGUGUGUACAGUAUUCUGGUAUUCAUCGAUUCAUAAAAAAUUAGUACAUUUCAUAAUUUUAUUUCCGUACACGGUGUCCUAGGAGUUUGAUCUCGUUUAAAAAGCGCUUGCAUAAAUUGAAUCAUAUAUUCUAUUACGAAUCAAUCAGCGCGACUAAUGAAAAACGUCAAUAAUGCUAUAAGAGUCUAUUGUAAUUAACUAAUAUAUUAAUUAUCACGUAUGAGUGGCGAAUUAUUCAAUAACUCAACAGCAUCUGUAGAAAAAUAAAAUUAGUAAGAAAUACAAUCAAACAAGUUGUAUACGAUAUUUUAUAAUAAAUGCAUUUUUAAUAUAACAAUGCAAAAUUAAUAUAUAAACAACGUGUGCUAAUAAGCUGUGCAUUUAACUUGGGUUUUGAAAU